UAAGAACAUCAUCGGCAGAGUCGAGAACAUGUGGAUUAAAGAUGAAGACACGAAAAGGCGAUUGAAGGAAUUGGUGAUGGAACUGAAGGACGCUGGUUAUGACGCUGACGACUUGCUUGAUGAGAUCCAGUUCCGGGUUCUGAAGCAACAGAUCGAACAACAAGGAGCUCUUGGGGAUGAGACAAGUAACCAAUCAUCUUCUUCUUCCGGUCUCCCUCCUUGGAAAAAGAUGAAAAUUUCGGUACCUGCAGUUAUCAGUCGCUUCUUCGGUAGAGAUGAUGUGAAUAGAGUGAGGAAAACUCAGAUGAAGUUAGACACAAUCACUACUUGCAUCGAUGAUCUCAUUAAUACAUUAGAUGCUGAUGAGAAACAGAUGAUAACGUCAGUAGUGGAACGAACCACCACUUCCUCACCCAUAGAAACUCGAGUAUUCGGACGAGAGGAACAGUUGAAUCAACUUCUGGGACUGUUGAUGCAAUCUGCCGACGGAUCCGGAUCUAGCAACAGUAGCAUCUCAACCUUAACUAUUGUUGGGAUCGGAGGGGUCGGAAAGACUACUCUUGCUCAGCAAGCGUACAACCACGCGAGGGUGCAGGACUGUUUUCAGCUUAAGGUCUGGGUCUGUGUAUCCGACAACUUCAACGUGGAGAGGCUUACCAAAGAGAUCAUAGAAUCCUUAACCAGGAAUACGUGUGAUCUCAAUAACUUUGAUACACUUCAAGUGGUAGUUAAGGAGAAGUUGACCUCAAAAAGGUUCCUGCUUGUCCUCGACGAUGUGUGGAGCGAGGACAGCCUGAAAUGGGAAAGAUUUUGUGCACCAUUGAAGCACGGAGAACCCGGAAGCAAGAUUUUGGUUACGACUCGCUCUAAAAAGAUUGCAGACAUGGUUGGCAAUCCGUUCCCUCUAGAUGGUCUGGAUGACGCCAGCUAUUGGGAAUUUUUCAAGCAAUGUGCAUUUGGUUCCGAAUACGCCGGUGAAUGUCCACAGCUAGAGGCCAUAGCAAAGAAGAUCGCUUACAGGUUGAAUGGGUUGCCACUUGCGGCAAGGACGGUAGGCGGGUUGUUGAAGCCGCAGAUGAAUGAGAAGCACUGGAGAAACAUCGCAGGGAGUGAAAUCUGGCAACUACAGCAUGACGAAAAGGGUGUCCUGCCAGUCCUACAAUUGAGCUAUCAAUGUCUUCCCCCAUACCUUAAGCGGUGCUUUGUUUUUUGUUCCCUGUUCCCCAAAGAUCAUCGAUUUUAUGAAGGAGAUGACUUGGUCCGGCUUUGGAUGGCAGAAGGCUACGUUGCUCAAGACAACAAUAUGACGAUCGAGGAUACAAGAAGCCUCUACUUCAUUGACUUAGUGAAUAGGUCUUUCUUUCAGGAAGGUCCUGUGGGAUGGGAAUAUAUGAUGCAUGACCUGAUACAUGAUCUUGCUCAGUUUAUUUCAGAGGGGGAGUUUUGCAUGAUCGAUGAUGAUGAGUCGAAAGAGAUCCCUAAUACGAUUCGUCAUCUGUCAGCAACAUUAACCGAUAAAACUAAGUUAAUGGAGUUCUCCUGUUAUGAGAAAUUACGGACCCUCAUGAUCAAUUAUAAAAGUCAUUGGCAUGACAUUGGAGUCGAGGGCUCUUUGUUCCUCCAGUUUGAAAGAUUAAAAAACAUUCGAGUGUUGAUAUUACAGAGGUGUGGCUUGCGGGAGUUGCCUGAGACAAUUGGUGGCUCGAUACACCUCCGCUAUCUUGACAUAUCUCACAACUUCUACUUUAGGAGGCUGCCGGAGUCGUUAUGUGGUCUUUACAAUUUGCGAGUACUGGAUCUGUGGGGCUGUGAACUACAGAGUUUCCCGCACGGCAUGAGUAAGUUGAUCAACUUGAUGCAUCUUAAUGCAGAAGACAAAAUAAUUUCCGAGAUAAAUGAUGUUGGGAAGCUGACUUCUCUUCAAGGACUGUGUUCAUUUAAAGUACUCAAGGAUAAGGGACACGAGGUUGCCCAAUUAGGCAGUCUGAAACAACUACAUGGAAAACUUCGAAUUACCAACCUUGAGAAUGUUGAGAGUAAACAAGAAGCAAGCAAGGCUAAUCUGAACAACAAACAGUACCUUGAUAAACUGGUCUUAGAAUGGAUAUCAGAUGAUGGCUCCAGUUUGGACGGCAAUGAAUUAGUUGUGUCGGAGGAGGUACUUGAAGGUCUCCAACCACAUCAGGCUCUCAAACGUUUGACGAUCAGAGGGUACAUUGGUAUCAGAUCACCCAGUUGGCUGCAGGCACAAUUGUUAGUGCAUCUGGGAAUUCUUAGACUGAUAAACUGCAUAGCAUGGAAGGAUCUUUCAUGUAUUGGACAGCUACCGAAUCUGAAGAACCUUUACGUGGAGGGAAUGCCAGCAGUGAAACAAAUAAGUCAUGAAUUAAGUACAGAGAGCAAGUUCUUGCCUAAUCUGGAAAGGCUAGUGCUGAAGGACAUGAUGGCACUGGAGGAACUCCCGAGUUUUGGACAACUGCCGAGUCUCAAGGUUCUGCGCAUCGAGAGAAUGCCAGCAGUGAAGAAGGUGGGCUAUGAAUUCUUUGGUUCUAGAGACGAAAGCAAGUGUUUUCCUAGCCUGGAGAAGCUCAAGUUCGGGGACAUGCCAGAAUGGGAAGAGUGGUCUUGGACUGAUGGCCGACAGCUGUUUCCCUGUUUGCGAAAUCUUGAAAUUGGAAGUUGCCCGAGGCUUAAGAGGAUGCCUCCCCUCCCUACUUCAGUUGAGUCACUAUCAUUAUUUGAAGUCGGGUUGACAGAAGUUCCAAGAUUGUGGGAAGAAAUCGAUGGAAGUAGCAGCAGUAUGAUCGUUUCAGAAUUGAAAAUAUAUAGUCUUGAAGAGAUAAAGCUGGUGGACAUCCCAGAAUGUGAGGAACUCCCUUGUCUUGGUCAACUGCCGAGUCUCAAGGUUCUUCGCAUCCAGACAAUGCCCGCAGUGAAGAAGGUGGGCGGUGGAUUCUUUGGUUCUAGAGACCAAGGCAAGUGUUUUCCUAGCUUGGAGGAGCUCACGUUCAUCGACUUGCCAGAAUGGGAAGAGUGGUCUUGGGCUGAUGACCGACAGCUGUUUCCUUGCUUGCGAGAACUUGAAAUUGAAAGAUGCCCGAAGCUUAAGAGGAUGCCUCUCCCUCCUAAACUUGAAUCACUGUCAUUAUGUCUUGUCGAGUCGAUAGAAGUUCCAAGAUUAUGGGAAGAAAUCGAUGGAAGUAGCAGUAUGACUGUUCCAGAAUAUGGACUCCCUUGUCUUGGACAAUUGCCGAGUCUCAAGGUUCUUCGCAUCGUGGGAAUGCCAACAGUGAAGAAGGUGGGCGAUGGAUUCUUCGGUUCUAGAGACCAAGGCAAAUGUUUUCCUAGCUUGGAGGAGCUCACGUUCAUCGACUUGCCAGAAUGGGAAGAGUGGUCUUGGGCUGAUGGCCGACAGCUGUUUCCUUGCUUGCGAGAACUUGAAAUUAUAGAGUGCCCGCGGCUUAAGAGGUUGCCUCCCCUCCCUCCUCCACUUGAAACAUUACAAAUAGAUGAAGUCGGAUUGACAGAACUGCCAGGGUUAUCGGAAGGAAUCCAUGGAGGCGGCAGUAGCAUAACUGCUUCUCUUUCAACAUUGAGAAUACGAAAAUGUCCAAAUCUAAGAAAUCUGGAAGAAGGGUUGCUAUCGCACAGCUUACCAAAUAUCCGUGACAUUGAGAUAAAGGAAUGUGCGGAACUCAUGUGGCAGCCGGCGAAGGGGUUUAUAGAACUCACCUCCCUUGGGAAAUUGUCAAUCUGCAGUUGCCCGAAUCUCUUGAGCAUGACGCGAGAUGGGGACAUUAACAUCUGCCUCCCACCAUCGAUAAAGAAACUAGUGUUGUCUGACUGUGGGAAUCUGGGAAAAUUGCUACUGGGCUGCCUGCACAACUUGACCUCACUCACUCGAUUGGAAAUAGGCGACUGCCGGUGCAUAGAGUCUCUUCCAGCAACGUCGCUGCUUCACCUGAAACGACUUGAAUCUCUGAGCAUUUGGCAAUGUGGUGAGUUGAGAUCAAUAGACGGGUUGCGAGUUCUGGAAUCCCUGAGAGAAUUGACCAUCAAAUUAUGUCCCAAGCUGUUGCUGAAUGAAGGGAAUGAGCAAGUGGAGGGUUCGUCGGUAACUGAAUUAUACAUCGACGACACAGCCCUGUUCAAACUAUCGCUCUUAAGAAGAACACUUCCAUCCGUCCGUGCUCUCACAAUCUCAAACUUUCGUCGAGCGACGAUGUCUGAUGAGGAGGAGCUGUUGUUGCGAAGCCUCACAGCUCUCGAAUCUAUAGAAUUCUUCAAUUGCGAGAAUCUACAAUCGCUACCGAGAGAGUUGCAUGUCCUUCCCUCCCUCCGGCUUUUAAGAAUAAUUGGAUGUCCGGAGAUUCAGUCGCUACCUGAGAAGGGGCUGCCGACGUCCCUCAGGAAUCUACAGUUCAUUGCCUGCCAGCCGAGGCUGACGGAGCAGCUGGAGAAGCACUUGGCCGAGAUGAAGAGUUCGGGUCGAUUUCGAAUGUCACCCAAUGGGAGAUAUUAAGAUCGAAGGAGUAGCUCAUUUGUGGAUAUGAUUUGAAGAAAGAUUUAAGAGUCUUUUGUAUUGAACAAUAUUGUACAUUUAGAUUAUUUUGUAUAUGUGUUAUUCGAACUUGAAUGUUAUGAACUUUUAAGAAGUUAUCGAUUUUGUUGUAUGUGUUGUGAGUGGAUUGAUUAUAGAUUGUAAUAUGUAAUAAAUAAGGUUUUUUUUUA